AUGGCGGUGGCAGAUGUGAAGUUAAAUUCACCAACUCAAACAAACAGUCAAAGUGUUAUUGUCAAUGUCAAAGAAAGAGAUGUUGAAGUGGGGAAACCAUACGAAGACGAAGAUGGUAUAACAAUUGUUCCUGUAAAAGAACAACCAACAUAUCCUGAAGUUAGCAGAGACUUAAGUUCUGUUGCAGAUAUUCGAAAUGACUACCAACAACUUAAAGACAAACUUCAAACUCAGGAGAAGAUUUGUCAAGCUUUAGGUAUAAUGUUAAACUUGGUUGAGCACAACCCUGUAAAAGUGAACUCAUAUGUCAUUGCACCUCAUGAA